CUUUGCUCCCAGAGGAUUCCUGCGGGAUUUCGAGGUAGAGUUCGCCGGGAGCGCCACGGCUGUGAGGGCGCUUGACACGCCACGCGGGGCACCCUGGCCACACACCCGCCAACACGCGAUGGGCUUGGUCGACUUGCCAAGCAAGUGCUGUUUGUAAUACUUGAGGACGCUAUUGACUGAACAUAGAUUACAAUGCGCCCUCAAACAGAGCAUGCAGCAAGUUAGCGCUCCUCUUUAGCAAUCAAUCAACUUGAAGAGACGCGCUUUGCAAGGACUUCAAACGUCACAGGCAUCUUCAUACACUCUAGAUUGCGUAUAUAUUGCCCAAAAUGUCUUGGCUCGCGCCCAAGCAGCUGGAGGAUGCAUCGCGCAUUCUGCGGGGUUUGGCGCUAGUCGCGUCAAAGAUGGCGACUGAAAGCCCCCUUGCGAAGCGCACGGCGGCUGCUGACUACCAGGCAGCCCUGCAGUAUGCAGCUGAUGUUCUGCAGCAGCAGGCAGAAGCCGCCGCGGCCUCCGCCGGGUCGCCGGCGCCACCACCCGCGGGGGCAGCAGCAGAACCCGCGGCGGCAGCACACGGGACGCCGCAGUCCCCGUCGGCGCCAAACUACGCCGCGGAAGCAUCGGCGCCAGACCUCACCGCAUUCUACACUUCCACAUCAGCGUCCGGGCUAGGGGCGAUGGGAGCUGGAGCGGGCGCGCCGGCGUCGGUCCUAGCUCAAGCAGUCGCGGCAGCGGCGGCGGAGUCGCUAGCAGCACCAGCGGCGAUGACGUCGAGCGGGCUUGGCGCCGGACUGGCCGCGCCGUCCUUCGCAUCACAAGGGCUGGCAGCGUCUAAGUUCCGUGCCGCAACGGCCGUGCCGGAGGCGCAGCCGGCGGCUGCCGCGGUGGCGGCACAGGUAGCUCCGGCGCUGGCACCAGAGCCGGCCUCCGCGCCCUCCAUUGAUGCCGCGUCCUCUUUCGUUGCACAUAGCGCCGUGGGUGCCGCGCUAUCGCUUGGCACUGACGCAACGGCAGCACAGGUGGCGGCGGCGGCGCCGCCGUCAUCUGCCGCCGCCGCCGCCGCCAUGUAUGACGUCCCGCCGCCGUCGGCCCGGCUGCCGUCGGUGCAUGACGACGUGGUGGUUGCCGCCAUCUCCAAUGGGCCCGAGCGACACGCGCGGGAGGAGGCUGGGCAGCAGCAGCAGCAGCAGCAGCAGCAGCACCAGCAUGUAGAGGCGGCGGCGGGGACGACGGCGGCUGAGGCGGGCAUGGCUGGCGUGGAGGCGGCUGCAGCGCAGGAGGCACUGGCGGCGGCAGCAGCUGCCGCGCCGCCGCCUCCGCCGCUGCCGCAGGCACCGGCGCGGAAGCUGCGCGAGCGCAGGGUGCCAGAGUCACCCAUCGGCCGCGCGCUGGGUUUCGCCGGCCUGGGCGCCAGCCUCAUUCUGGGUUCCAUCUCAGACAACAUCACACGCGCCAUCCGCGGCCCCGAUGCGCCCGGGCCCGACGUAGCAGCUGCUGCUGGCGGCGGCGGCGGCGGCGGCGGCAGCGGCAGCGGCGGCGCUGGCGGCGCCGCGGCGCGGCGUGGCGGCAACUCGUUCCUGACGGAGGCGAAUGCCGAGCGGCUGGCGAACGCGUUGUGCCGUAUGCGCGGCGCGGCUCUGAAGAUUGGGCAGAUGCUGAGCAUCCAAGACGAGAGCGUGCUGCCGCCGCAGGUCCAGGCGGCUCUCGAGCGGGUGCGGGCGGGUGCGGACGUGAUGCCGCGCAGCCAGCUGGAGGGCGUUCUGGUGGCGGAGCUGGGGCCGGACUGGCAGCAGGAGCUGGCGGAGUUCGACUGGGAGCCGCGAGCGGCGGCGUCCAUCGGCCAGGUGCACACGGCCGUGCUCAAGGACGGGCGGCGUGUGGCCAUGAAGAUCCAGUACCCGGGCGUGGCGCGCUCCAUCGAGAGCGACGUGGACAACCUCAUGCGGCUCAUCGCGGUGGCCAAUGUGCUGCCGCGCGGCAUGUACGUGGAGAACGCCGUCAAGGUAGCCAAACGCGAGCUGGCGCUGGAGUGUGACUACACCUACGAGCUGGCAUGCCAGCAGCGCUUCCGCCGCCUGUUCGCGGCCGACCCCGCCCUGGCGCCGCACUUCCACGUGCCCGACGUGGUGCCGCAGCUGUCCAGUGCGCGCGUGCUCACCACCGAGUGGGUGCAGGGCGUGCCCAUCGACCGGGUGUGUGAGCUGUCGCAGGAGGUGCGUGACCGCGUGGGCUCCAAGCUGCUGCGCCUCACGCUGCGGGAGCUGUUCGAGUGGCGCUUCAUGCAAACCGACCCCAACUGGGGCAACUUCCUCUACGACCCAAAGGCAGACAAACUCAACCUCAUCGACUUUGGCGCCUCGAAGGAGUACCCCGAGCACUUUGUGACUGACUACAUGCGGAUGGUGGCGGCAUGCACGGAGCGCGACCGGCAGGGCGUGAUUGACAUGUCCGUGAAGCUAGGCUUCCUCACAGGCGACGAGAGUGAAGUGAUGAUGGACGCACACACGCAGGCUGGGUUCAUUGUGGGAGUGCCCUUCGCCGCCAAGGGCUUGUAUGACUUCGGCUCGCACGGCGGCAUGACCAGCCGCGUCAGCGAGCUUGGUUCGGUGAUGCUGAAGCACCGCCUGACGCCACCGCCAGAGGAGGCAUACUCGCUGCACCGCAAGCUGAGCGGCGCCUUCCUCGCCUGCAUGAAGCUCAAGGCGCGGGUGCCCUGCCGCGAGAUGUUCUAUGAGGUGUACAACGCCAAGCUGGGCCCCUUCGUGCCGCCGCGACUGAGCCCGGCGGAGCGGGAGGCGGAGGCGGUGGCGGGCGGCCGCCAGGCCGCCGCGUGAGCUGCAGAGGGGCGAGGCGAGAUGUGGGGUGUAAUUGGCUGCAGCGGGCUGUGGCAUGAGUUGCAGAGGGGCGAGGGGAGGUGUGGGGUAUAGCAGGCUGGAGGCGUGCGUGAAGGCGAGAGGAUGAGGCUGGGCGACUCGUGUAGAGCGAGCUAGAGCGGAUGGAGAAAUGGGCAGGUUUCAGUGCGCGUCUGUGUGCGGCUGUGGCUGUGUGGUACGCGGCGAGAGUGCUGGCGUGGGAUAGCGAGGUUGGGCAUGGAGAGUGAACGCUGCUAGGGGGCAGCGAGUCACACGCAAAAGUGUGCGGGUAGCUGCAGGAUGUGAGCAGGAUGCGGGGCCUCUGUAGUGUGUCUGGCACAUUCCUGCAAGGGGUUGACUGUUCAAGAGCACUUCGAUGAGCACUGACGAAAGCGUAUGGAGCGGA